AUGCUGAGCGCCUCGGCGACUCCCACCCAAAGGUCCUUCGAUCCCCAGCAGCAGCAGGCACAGCAGCAGCAACAACCGCCACAACCAGGGAAUCCACGGCCGAGUCUCGAGCGCGAUGCCCUACAAGCCCCGGCCCCCAAUGGAGCUGCCCGCAACCUCUCUGCAUCCGCAGUGAGCUUUGCCUCGCGCGGGGCACAGCUCAACCCAUCACCGAUGCCGGGCAGCUUCAGCUCUGAGCUGCGCAGCCAGACCAAUGUCUCACGAGCGGGUUCACGCCUCGACAUGUUCCCUGCGCUCGAGAAAUUAGACGAGGAUGACGGGCCGACCCCCGAAAAGACCAUCGCCCAUCUGCGCGAGGCUCUGAGCCGCGAGAUGAAGAUCAAAGAGGGGAGCGAAAAUAUGCUGGAAGCGCUGAACUCUAAAAAAGCGAAACAAACUAAAGAUCAGCGCCAACGGGUCGAAGCCGAGCUAACCUCGUCUAACCUCCGCAUCAAGGAGCUACGCCAAAAGAUCACGGAUGCCCAGCGCGUUAAGGCAGCGCCCACCACGCCCACACGGACUAGAAAUGAGGGCCUUCUUCCCGUUGGUAGUAGUGUGCGCUCCCCACCGAGCGCCUCUCGGAGCGGUGUUGGUUCCGACAUCGAUGAGCCUACAGAGUCGCCCACAUUUGCCCUCACUGAAAUCCUCCAAGCGCUAGAGGUUGAGGGCAUGACGCCGGAUUACUACGUCUCGCGUGCCAACAGUCUAGUCGAUCUCUUCAAGCGGCAUCCCACACUCAAAUACGACCUGGAGUGGUCGGUGUUUGGUUUCCGCAUGCAGGCCAUGUUGCUGAGCGAGAGCCGCGAGGUGGUCGCUGCGGGGUCCUUAAUCAAGGACCGAAAGGCCGACGUCGAACGUGAGCAAGCACUCAAGUUUGUGCGCGCCUUUCUGGAUGUCAAAGACGGUGUGCGCGAGAUAUCGAGAGCUGUGGUCCGAUCAAUUGCUGCGGCAGCGGAGGAGCCCGAGGAAAGGCUGCGGCCAAUCUGCCUCGAGACGCUGGCCGAGAUCCUCGUUCGUGACCCGCAACUUCUGAUUGCUUCCGGGGGCAUGGCGGCGUUACACGAAGCAUUAGCAGACGGGUCUUAUAAAGCGUCGGAGAGCAUAACAAUGGCCUUUCUUUACCUUCUGGAUGCACCACAUCGACGCCAAUACUUGCGCCCGGGGAACGAGCUGGAGGUCCUUUUCACGGCCUUCACAGAUGAACUCUCGUCAAAUGAACGGUUUCUCAAGCAGAGCGUCAAAGCUGUGGCCUCUGCGUUGAAGACAUGGUCCGGGCUCAUGACGUUGUCCAUGUACAACUUCCGUGCCAUCAGAUCCAUGAUCACUAGCAUGGUUGUGCAGGCUGGGCCCAUCCGUGAGAGCAUCAUCGACCUCAUCUUCUCCCUGCUGCGUAUCAAGUCACCGGCAUGGGCGACCUCGUUCCUGGCUGGCCGUCGACUCACGACCUACGGCCGUGUCACAAACCUCAAAUCGACCACUACUACCGCUGCCACGGCUGCCAAGGACUCCCCGUCCGAGCUGGAUGAAGAUGGUGGAGAGCAAAACUUCUUAGAGCACUACACAGCGCUUCUCCUUGCGGUGUUUAUCAAGUCGGGGGUUGUUCCAGCUCUCUUGGAGCUGACACAGACCAACGAGAGCGCAACACUCCGGCGCAAAUCAACUCUGUUGAUAGGGGAGGUGCUGAAGUUAUCCAGCCGCCUGCUCCCCCCGUCUUGGAGCAGCGAAUUACAGCUACUUCCAGACCUCUUCAUCUCGGCUGCGAAGCUCAAGGACGAGGGCCAUUUUGCUGCAACUGGGGUAGUAUACCAGAUUAGCAGCGUGAGCAGGACGCUUUACCGAUCAUCGCCCUCUGCCGCUUAUCUUCCCUCCGUCCACCAAAAUAUGGACCUCAAUGGGCUCGACGAGCACCCCAAGGCCACCACAACAGCGAAUUUCGAUGAUGGGACGUUCCGCCAGCUGCUUCUUGAGUCUAACGUGCUCAACAGCUCGAACUACACGAAAUGGAACUGGGAGGUCAUGACUCGGCUGAUCGAAGGGCCGCUCACUAGCGGGAAACGGCUCGAAGAGGCCAUCAAGGCAUCCAAGUUCAUCAAGCGGAUCAUGAGUUUCUACCGUCCCUUCAAGUACAAAUUUUCCGAAAUCAAGAGCUCGAGAACGACGCAGAAAUACGUCCGGACCGGGUGCUCGCUGAUGCAUGCUCUGCUACAGAGCCCCGAGGGUGUCAAGUAUCUGUCCGACAACAAGCUUCUGCGCCAGGUUGCCGAGUGCUUAGCGCAAUGUGACCCAACAAGUGGGCUGACGGCUCAGGACCCCAUGUUCUCCAAGGACCGCUUGGCCGACACCCUCUGCGGCGGGUAUUUCCCCAUCCUGGGCGUCUUGAGCGCGGACGUCAAGGGGAUGCAAAUGCUGGACCGCUGGCGCAUCUUCAAUAUGAUGUACCGCAUCCUCGACUUGAAGCAGCGACCGGAUCUCAUCAAACUGAUGCUAUCCAACUUUGACUACUCGCUCCAGGGCCACCCGCGGGUACUUCUCUCCAAGGCCUUAACCGCGGGCACGAAGGAUAUCAGGAUAUAUGCGACGAAUGCGUUGAGGAAAUUCGCCACGCACCCGCGCAUGGGGCCGCACGGCCCGGAGCCGGGAGACUCGAAAUGGGCCAUCCAGCUGCUCGUAACACAGCUGUAUGACCCUGAAGUGGAAGUGUGUGCCACGGCAGUCAAAAUCCUGGAGAAAGCCUGCAACACAAAGAACCACCUCGAGUAUAUCGUCGAAUGUCGGCCAGCGUUGGACCACCUUGGUGAAAUUGGCGCGCCGCUGCUUCUACGGUUUCUCUCGACGUCGAUCGGGUACCAUUAUCUCGAUGGACUCGACUACAUUAGCAACGAGAUGGACGACUGGUUCCUGGGCCGCAACGACUCGUACGUCGGUGUCAUUGAGGCGAGCCUUGCGCGGUCGUUCAUGGAUCAACCAGAAGACCAAACCAACCGCAUCAGCGUGUUCGAAGAGCAGCAGGAGAUGGAGGCCGACAACCACGUCCCACCGCACUUUUACCGCGAGCUUACCCGCACCCAGGAAGGGUGUAAGCUGCUCCGCGACAAGGGCCACUUUGACGAGUUCACCGCCACCAUUCGCGAGUACGGCAUGCAGUCGGACGACCCGGAGAUGAUGGUCAAGGUCAAGGGCUGCCUCUGGGCGGUGGGCAACGUCGGGUCGAUGGAACUGGGCGCACCGUUCCUCGAGUCGAGCGAUGUGGUCGAGCAGAUUGUGUGCAUCGCCCAAAACCACGAGGUACUCAGCUUGCGUGGGACCGCUUUCUUCGUACUCGGCCUCAUCUCCCGCUCCAUCCACGGUCUCGAGAUCCUAUCCGAGAACGGCUGGGACGCCAACACCAGUCUCCUCGGCCACUCGCUCGGCCUGUGCAUCCCAUCAGACCUGUCUCAGCUUUUCUCCCUCCAGCCCUGGCGCCACGCCCCGGUUACCGCGAUCCAGUUGCCUGCCAGCCAAAAGACGGAAACUACCAAAUUACCCGCCGUACCGUCUCGUCCGCGCUCGGAAUCCCUCAUCAAAGCUCUCGAGGAAGCCGAACGCGAGGCCGCGGCUGGGCCGUCCGAUACAGCAGCGCAAUCAUCCUCCGCACUUCCCUUCCUACCCCCGCGCGUGGAACUCGACCCAGAUCCGACGAACCACCGCAUCCUCGAGCUGGUCAUAGAUAUGUCGAAUAUGGUGUUAUAUCGGAGAGCACGUACCGAGCUGAUGCAGCUCAAGACGAUGGCUGUGACGACGUCAGCAGCAACAUCAGCGGUGACAGUGGCAGUAGGAAACACGCCGAUGCUGGGGCAAACGGAGCGGACGGCGAAACGAGCGCCGGCCGGGUUUGCGCAGCCACGGCUGUUUCGCAAGGUCCUAUCGCUGCUGGAGUGUCAUCAUUACCGUCUGGCGGAUCGGAAUAUGAUUGUGGGGCUGUUUGAGAAGGGUGUGUUGAGGGCAGUGGUGUAUGGCGAGGAUGAGGAUGAGGAUGAGGGAGACGAAGGAAUCGAGAGGGUUUUGGAAGAGAGCGAAGAUGGAAGUGAGAGUGAAGGUGAAGAUGGAGAGAGUGAUGGGGAGGACCAGGAGGGUAGCCCGGGUGCGGUUCCCAAGGCAAAUGGCAGCAAGAUAGCGCCCGAGGUGGUCAGAAACGGGACUCACCCGCCAAACGAGGAGAAGGACAAAGAUGAGGAAGAAAGUGAAGAAAGUGAAGAGGAGGAGGAGGACGAUGAUAGCGACGAAGACGAAGACGAAGACGAUGAGGAAAAGGAAGAACAGAAGAACCCCGGCCAAGCGAAAAAACAAGCAGAUGGCCAUGACAACGAAUCUAGCUCAGACGAGGAUGAGCACCACGCGGAACGGCAGAGAAGCUUGAGUGAUCCAGCAAACACCACAACUUCUCAAAAGAGACAGGGCGUGAUACAUGGGUUUAGCCGGUAG